UCUGGCAGGCGAGGGUCGGGCGGGCUCGCCGCGAUGGAGCUGCACAUCCUCGAGCACCGGGUGCGGGUGCUGAGUCUCGCCCGCCCCGGUCUCUGGCUCUACACCCACCCGCUCAUCAAGCUGCUCUUCCUGCCCCGCCGCAGCCGGUGCAAGUUCUUCAGCCUGACGGAGACCCCCGAGGAUUACACGCUCAUGGUGGACGAGGAGGGCUUCAAAGAGCUGCCCCCAUCAGAAUUCCUGCAAGUGGCCGAAGCCACGUGGCUGGUGCUGAACGUGUCGUCCCACAGUGGGGCAGUGGUGCAGGCUGCUGGGGUCACCAAGAUCGCUCGCUCAGUCAUCACACCACUGGCCGAGCACCAUGUAUCUGUGCUGAUGCUGUCCACUUACCAGACAGACUUCAUCCUGGUGCGGGAGCAGGACCUGUCUGUGGUGAUCCACACUCUGGCCCAGGAGUUCCACAUUUACCGAGAGGUGGGCGGGGAGCCUGUGCCUGUUGCCAGGGAUGAUUCCAGCAAUGGCUUUCCCCGGACCCAGCAUGUAGGGCCCAGCCCCACUGUGCAUCCCAUCCAGAGCCCACAGAACCGAUUCUGUGUUCUCACACUGGACCCUGAGACCCUGCCAGCCAUUGCCACUACCCUCAUCGAUGUCCUCUUCUAUUCGCACAGUGCACCCAAGGAGGCAGCCCCUGGCAGUCCCGGAUCCAGCUCCAUCACAUUCUUUGCCUUUUCCCUCAUUGAGGGCUACAUCUCCAUCGUCAUGGACGCUGAGACACAAAAAAAGUUCCCCAGUGACCUCCUACUGACCAGCUCCUCCGGGGAGCUAUGGAGGAUGGUGCGCAUCGGUGGACAGCCCCUGGGCUUUGAUGAAUGUGGGAUUGUGGCCCAGAUUGCUGGCCCUCUGGCUGCGGCGGACAUUUCUGCUUACUACAUCAGCACCUUCAACUUUGACCACGCCUUGGUGCCCGAGGAUGGUAUCAGCAGCGUCAUUGAGGUGCUCCAGCGACGGCAGGAAGGCCUGGGCCCCUGAAGCCCACGGAGAAUGUCAGCUCUCCCCUUUGCCCCGAGGCUUCCAGAGACUUCUCUAAGCUAUUUCCUCAAGCUCUGGGAUGAAGCCCCCUACUCCGUCUCCUGUUCCUGCCAGGGGACCUCUUGUUCUGCUCUGUGUAUAAGCUGUGUGCAGGCACCGGCUGUCAUGUGGACAUGCGUGUCUGCCCAGGCAGGGGAACAUGGUGCUCGGGCUUCCUGCCAGGAAGCCCCCAACCCAUCACUCCCUGCACGGCCUGGGCGUUUGCACAUUCCCUGCCCAAGGUCGGAGCAACCCCUCCCCCCCACCCCCCAGCAUCCUGGGCCAGCUGCCUUCUGGACAGGCCCAGAUCUCCGUUCUGCCUCUGGCUGGGGUGCCUUUCCUGGCCAGGUGGGUUCUGACAGUGCCUUCCCCCCGGGGCCUCCAAGAAGAAUGUUUCUACAUCUCUCCCUUUUUUAUUGACUUAUUAAAGAGCUUGUAGUGAUGGGGCUGGACUGUGGUACCUGGGGAUUGUCUGUGCCUUGGCUACGACUGCUCUGCUGCUCCUCAGGACCCCUCUGUCUGAUGUUCUGGGUUCUCCCUGUCUCGCUGGCUUGAGGCUGGGGUAUUACCUCACUCAGUUCUUACUUCAGGGAAACUGCCACUGUUGACCAUGCGAGGAAUUAAAACUUUGAGAAUUGAAGUGACUUAGCCAAGGUCAUGUGAUUCUCAUCUCGGUCUUCCUGGCUCUGAAGCCCAUGAUCAUCUUCAUUCCUUACUGUUUCCAGAAUGGCCCAGAAGAUUCUCAAUAUGGAGACUUCCAGACCCUCCUGCCUGGGGGUCCCCGGGCCUUCCCGGCCACCUGAGGUCUGGCUAACUUGUUUCAAAAUCCCCUCUAGGAGGGCCCCAAAGUCGCUCUCCUCUAGGCUAUCCCUGCUUUCCGUUGGACCACACCUUCAUUCUGGCUGUCCCUCAGGGGAGUCCCUGCUGCUCUGCUCGAUCAGCCCAGGUCUUGCCACCAGGACGCUCCUGAGCAGAGGUAGGAGAAGCAGCAGAGUGGAGACCCGGGAGUCUGUUCACUGGGCUUCUCCUGGCCAGGAGAAUAGGACGCGUCUGGAAGCCUCAUGGGGCCCUUUGUGCCCUUCAUGGCUGCUCGCCUGGACUAGAGGCUCAGCACAUCGGGGCCUGGUUUUUCCUGUUAUGGAGGGGCUGCCUCCCCACUCCAUGAGCCUGGGAUUCCGCUGAGGCCCGAUGGUGCCCCACAGAUGCGCCAAGAAGGUUAUCAGGUGCCCUCAGCCCAGACACGCCCUCACUCAGGAAGAGAAGAAGGGUGUGACUUCGGCGUACUCAGCGGUCGAGGUGCCUCCCCAGAAAAGUCAGAACAAGGGCCAGGCAUCUGGCAGUGCGCCCACCCUGCCCCUGGGAACCUGAGGGCGUCAGAUCAGAGGAACAGAGAGCGAUGCCCGGCUUGGUGAGUGAGCAGUUGGGGACCCUGGGCCAGUCCCUUCCCCUUGGCCUCAGUUUCCCCGUGUGCAUGGAGACCUAGACGCCAGCUCCUUCAGGACCCUGUGCCUUGGCCCUGGCAGGGGCCAUUUCUUUAGUAGUUUGUCUUACAAGGGGGAGUCCUGGCUCCUGUGCCUGGAGGACCUCCUCUCAGCCCUGACUUGAGACAUGUCCUAGGCUUGAGGUGAGGACUCUAGAACCCAAAUUAUUGGGGUGUCUGACCUGCAGCCAGAGAGCUUCUGGGGUUGGUGUGGGGGGAGGUUUCUGUCCACCUGCGUGUG